GCCUUGGGGUUAGCACCCAGGGGCCUCUAAAAACCCCAUUGAACCAGGCGGCGUUUUGUACCACCAUUGCCUCCUCCAACACCUGGCCCUCUUGCUCCUCUCACUUCUCCUCUCCUCUUUCGCCUCCGUACUUAAACUCUUCCCACCAUCUUCCACCUUUUGCCUCCUCACACACUUCAACCGCUUCCAUUCCAAUCCCCGAUCUGUGGAACUCUCCGUCCCACCCACAUCCCACAUUCGCCACUGCACCACCCGUCUCGACCCCGGGUGCUUCAGUCCUCGCGCAACGAGCACACAGGCUCUGAUUCGAUCGUCCCUCCCGGUUCUACUUCCAACCAACACACAAAAUGGCUGCGCCUGCUGUCCAGCCCGCUUCCAAGUCUUCGAAGAAGAAGACCCCCUUGGCCAUCGAACGAACCGAGUCCCCCGCACCCAGCUUCACCUCAGCCUCUGCCGACAAGGCUGCUGACGAUUCCGAGAGCCCCUACAUCAAAGAGCUCCAAAAGAACAUUCGCAAUGUCAACAAGAAGAUUACAAACGCCUCCAAGACCGAUUCCCUCCUGAGCCAGCACGCUGGCAAGUCUCUCGAGGAGCUCGUCGCUGCCAAGAUUAUCAACACCGACCAGAAGGCCCAGAUUCUCAAGAAGCCUGCCCUGCAGGCGCAGCUCGCCCAGUACGAGGAACAGCUCGUGCAGUACAAACAGGUGGACGAACAGUACCGUGCACGUGCCGCUGUCGAGAAGGCCGAGUGGGAGAAGAGCCUGGAGAAGGUCAAGGCUGAUGCUGCCAGCGAGGCUGAUGCUGCCUCCCAAAAGGCCUUGAAGGACAACCUUCUGGUUCUGUCGCAAUUCUUGCGCCUUGCUGCCUACCGUCGCGAGGAGGCCAAGGACCCCGAGUCUGACGAGAGCCAGGCUAUUGAGGGUGUUCUACUCGCCAUCUACUCUGGAGAUGACAAUGCGGUUCAGUCCAUGCUAAAGUUGGUUGAUGGGUCCGACGACCAGAUCGUCAGCGUUCCCGGAGAGCAGUUGGAGACAACCUACUCCAAGGUCAAGUCCCUCGCCCAGGACUACAAGACUCCUUUCUACCCCGAAGAAGGCCAGACUGAGACCGUCUCCGACCCGACGAUUGCGAACGCUGCGGCUACCGAGAUCGAGGCUGGAGACGCUGCCCUUACGAACCCCCCCACUACCGAGGUCGCCUCCAACGGUCUCGCCAACGCCAACGUCGCUGACGACGCCGCCAACGCUGUCGCCGAGAGCCACUGGGAUACUGGCAACAACCCCACCGAGCUGUCCAUGUCCCAGGAGUGGGUCGAUGUCAAGGCUGAGGCCGAGACUGCUGCUCCCGCUACCAACACUCAGUCGUGGGCUGAUGACCACCCCGAGCAGGUUCCCGAGCCUGCUGCUGCUCCUGCUGAUGCCAAUGAUGGUUUCCACCAGGUCCAGCGAAACAAGCCCCGCAACGAGCGUGAGGGUGGCAGUCACCGUGGACGAGGCCGAGGUGAAUGGCGAGGCCGCGGCGGUUUCCGCGGUGAGGGUCGUGGUGGCCGAGGUCGUGGCAACCGUGGUGACCGUGGUGACCGCGGUGCCGGCGGUCCUCCUCGCGCUCGCCGCAACGAGGAGUCGUAAGGCUCUUGUCGGCAUCCCGUGGGUAGACUCGCAGCCUACGAUUCUCCUCGCAUCUCCCGGUGACGAAUGUAUACCAUGAAAUGGCGGCGUUUACAGGCCACAGAUCCGCUCAGCAAAAACUGAGGGAGGGUUGACCUGGGGCUUUGCAUUUGGGCUUGCUGAAUUUUGGGAUCGGAUUCAUGUCCGGCGAAGGGGUCGGUGGGAGUUCUUAAUACCUUUGUAACAAUGGCGGUCCUAUGUGAGGGGCAUGAAAUGAGGCAUCAGGUAUACAGAAAAGAAAUGUGAAAUAAUACCCACCAGAGGCAGAUCAAUUCUGUCCUCAUGGUGAUGCCAAAACUUGGUCUCAUGAGGUAUUCAACCUGUGUCUGACUCACGUGAUCAGGUGUCAAACAUGACAUUCCACUUGAAACGUCAGAAUUCAUUGUCAGAACGAAAGCAAUUGAGC